AUGUCCUCUGACGAAAUUCCCGCUCAUUACUGGAAAAACCUGCUGAAGCUUUCUACAUCAGUUCAAGGCGAGACUCAGGAAAUCCCAAAGGUUCUUGAUGAAGAGGUUGGUGUUCAGUUUUUCUUGUUUUGAAAAGGAAUUCACUUAUUUCAGAGCAGAAAAUGGCUGGAAGACGUGAUGAAAAGCCUCGUAAAUAACGUGGACCCGGAAAGGCAAUUGAUCUCGAUAAUGUCCAGUUUGAAGUGUUAUGCGGCUUCGGCUGGGGAUUUGAGUGAAGACGACGUUGAUAAAGUUUUGGUCGGUUCAAUUUUUCAUUUUCUUGAAUUACCCUUACUAUUCAGGAUUUAGUAGACCGACUGGAUAUGUUACUCCAAUGCGCCGAUCUCACAAAGCUCUUCGUUUCAAAUUGUGGAUUGAUAGUUUUGGAAAAGUUUUUGGUAAGUUUAUCAUAAAAUAUUUGAAAAUUAAGGAAAAUUUCCAGAAAGAUUGUAAAGAUGAUGAAAUCAACGUGGGAUUCGCCUUGAUAAUCAGCACCUGGGCGGAGAAUAAUCCGAUUGGUCAGGAUAUUCUGAGAAAAUCGCCUCUUUUCAGUUUAUUACUGGAUAUUGCUGUUGAUCAGGGCAAAGCCAAGGUUUGAUUUUUUUUUUUUGUUCCGGAUAAUUUUUCGUGUUAACUCCUAUUUCAUUUUUGUUGGAUGAACCUCUAAAUGUUAUGAUUUUUUGUUUACAAAUAGUGGGAACUAGUAAAUACUUGAUAAGUUUUCUAAGAAAUUCAAUUUUGUGAAAAAAAUUAUUCAAAAAGUUCGUUUGAAAUUAAAAUUUUUUUUAUUUCAAGCUAAAAAUGAAUUUUGUUUAUUUCAUGCUAAAAAAAUUCCUGUUUCUUAAAAAAAUGCCUCAUAAAACGAGAAAAAAACUACAUUUUAACCCAGAAAAAUCAAAAAUAUUUGCAGGCACUUCGAAAAAGCGCCAUCACCGCCGUUUCAGCCACUAUCCGGUCUCAUAUUCCAUCUUUUGAGUGAGAUUUUCGCAAAAUUAAGAAUCUUAAACUUAUAUUUUAUAAUUCCAGAGACUUCCUCGCACUGAACGGUCAUUUAAAAUUGGCGGAAAUCGUUCGAAAUGAGGUGGAAUUGGCGGGAAAAACCGCGAGAACACUUACUUCCAUAUCUUUCACCUUGAAUGAUGAUGGUUGGUUAUUGAUAUCUUUUUUUGUUGUAUUUUUUUCCUGAAAGUACGUGAAAAAAAUCAUCAGGAAAAAUGAAAAUGAUAACUAGAAAAAGUAAUUGAAUAUUUUUUUCGAUGAUCCAGUUUUGAGUUUUCUUGAGAUCUCAUGAUUCAUAGAGUGAAUAUAAUUCCUUACUAAACUUCCCAAAAAGGUUAUUCCGAGCAAAGAUAGCUAUGAUAUUUUAAAUCACAGAUGAUUUUUUUAUCAAUAUCGAUUUUUUUUUUGGUUCAUUUGAAACAGGAAAGUUAUCUAAAUAUCAAAAAAAUAAUUUAUUCUCGUGCCAAUAUUCCUAUGAAUCCCUGUACUAGUCUCUUCAAAGAUGAUCAAGAGUAUAUUUUUUUCAAUAAUAAUAAUUUUUUUCUGGUUCAUCAGAAACAGAGAAGUUAUUCAGAGAUUCCAGAAAAUUAAAAAAAAAUUUUAUGGUUCUUACAAGAUCAUAGAAAUCCAAAUGAAUCGGUUUUUUAUGCGCGAAAAAGUCCUACUAUAUCAUGAAAAAUAUAGAAAUAUUCGUGGUCCCUUCGAAACAGGGAAAUUAUUGUUUGGUGUUUAAAAAAGUUCGUCAUUUCUUCAGAAACCAUGAUACUAGGAAAGUUUUUGGUGGCCACUUAAGUGAAUAAAGUUUAUUGGCCUCUUUACACGUCUCACUGGUAAUUCUAGACCACUUAAAACUACUAUAGUGGUCAUUAAGACGAAAAAUGACUUUCAUAGGGGUGGUUUUAGUGGUCACUUUAGUGUCCUCUCCAAGUAGUCCUUGAAGAACCUCUACAGGCACCAUAUUUUUCUGAUUAAUAACUUCUUCUCUAAGCGAAAAUGGCCAAUAAUUCCAGAAAAAUAUCGCGAUUCGUUGAAACCAACAGUCUGUGAGUGUUACGUGGAGCUAGUCAACAAAAAUGUUCCCGUCGAUGAAAUCGAUUAUAUUCGGUAUUUUUACUUCGACAGGCAAAGUCUAAACCCCUUUUUAAGUUCCUAAAAAGGUGUCAAAAUUUUCUCGGAAUCUCCUUUUUUCCGCCUCCUUUUGUUUUACCUCCUUAAAAGGUCCUUUUCAUAAAAGGGCCAAGAGAAAAAUGAGCUUUUUUUUUCAAAAAUCCUUUUUAAGACGUUUUGGACUUUGCCCGUGGAAAUGUCUCGAUUUCCUCUUUUAUUGAUUGAUCAAAUUAAAGAGAGUACAUUUCUUCAUCAGUGGAACCAUCACAAGUCGACGAAAAUCUGAGAUCUCAAGUUUUGGAUUGCGUGAAUGCGGAGUUGGGCCGCGAAAUCGAAGGCGAUAAUGUGAGUUUGCUGUUUUUCGACCUCUUCAUAGGGAACCAGUCAGAAAAUAGAAGCUUAAUUUUCUGCUGUUAUAUAUCUUCAAAAUUAUUUCCACAAGGAAAAUGACCUGUAAAAAAUUUCUUUUAUUCGUUUUUAAGUUGUAUUUGAAAAAUGGAAGAGAAUUUUGAAGCGAAUUUUAAACGAUAGCUAGUUUCGAAAUUGAUGAAUUCUGACCGAUUUUGCAGUUUUAAAGGGACUUAGGAAUUCCAGAGUGGUCCCUUUAGGAUUUAGCGAGAAAAACAGCCUCUAUAGAAUCAGUUGUCCUUAUAGGGAUACAAUUAAGGUGUUCCCUAUAGGGGUUUCUAGUCUGACCGCUUAGCCCCUAAAGCUCAAGUGGACCCUAUGGGGCCUUUAAAUUUCAUUCAAAAAACGCUUUUUAUUCAGUUUCUACCAUAUAAAUGCUUUUUCGCAUAGAGUUCAUAACAAUUAUCGACUACAAUGUCCCCUAUAGGGACCACUUUUGCAACCUUAAGUGGCCCCUGUAGUUGGUAAAGUGCUCCCUGGAGGAUACCCUUCGUCCUUAAGAUUUCCCCUAUAGGGACCACUCUGAAGUUUUUAAUUCGUAUAAAAUCAAGCUAAUCUGUCUUUUUCUAGUAUUUUCUGUUGAAAAAUAGUGAAAUUGAGAUUAUUCCGUUAACUUUGAAAAAAAGUAUAAAAAAAGAGAAAUUCAAAGUUGAAAAUUGUCAGAAAGCAUCAAAAAUCCAUCUUUAUCUCAAAAAGAAAAGCUUCAAUCGAAUCAUUUUCCCAGACAAACUUUGAUGUCGUUUCUCCCCUUUUUCCCAUUGGAAAUCAACAGAAAAAAAAGCUCAUUUUCAAUUUCUUCUCCUUUUUUUUUUGCGUGGGACGCUCAUUUAAUUAACUCGGGGUGUCUGGAGCCUUCUUUUUCGAUUUUUUGAUCGGUCUCUCUUUUUUUCUCAAUUUCUUAAUUUCUUAAUUAGCUUCAUAGGGAAAGUGGAAUUUUUGAAAUUAACAGAAAGGGUAAAUUUUUUCGGAAUUUUAGUGGUCACUUAAGAGGCAGAUUUCUCAAACUACGUUUAAAGUUGGAGGAAAAAGUAGUUCUAAUAAUAUUCAACGAGUUUUCUAAAAGAUUCAGCAAGGGGGCACUUAAGAGGUCAACUUCGAGUAACCGCUUUAGUCACAUCAAAGAUGCAUUUAAAAAUAAUUUUUUCUAUGAAAUUUAAUCGAAAAAUGAGUUUUUAAAUUUUCCUCAAGUGACCACUCAAAUAAGCUUAUAAAAUUUGCAGAUCCGCGUACUUCAAACACUCCGUCGCAAGUUUGCGAUUCGUCAGGCUGGAUAA